AAUAGAAGUGGAAUCGACCCGGACCAAACAGCAUCGUCCGUCCUCUGGUACCAUCUGGUUCACACACGCAGCAGAGCAGAUAGUAAUACAAAAACUCUUCCUUUCUCGAAAAGCCAUGGCCUUUCUUCUUCUCUGCCUUUGACUCUUACCAUUUCUCAGUUUUUUAUCUUUCAAAAAGCUCAGUACUUUUCUCUGUUUUUUUCAAGUAUUUUAAUUAAAUGGCUGAUGUUUUGAGAUUGCCAUUCCAUUCACUUCGUUUCUCUUCGUCUCUGCUCACCUCCUUCGCCUCCUCUUUCAAUUCUCUGCAACCGGGCCUCCCAGCCAAUCAAAAUCCAUACAGGAAGGUUUAUCCCCUCUCGUAUUCGUCUGUCGCUCCAUUUGCUUUCAGAACCAGAAAGCAGUUGGUUAGUUUCAAGGUGCAGGCUACUGUUGCUGAAAAAGACAAAGACCAGCCAAAAUGGUGGGAAAGAAGUGUUCCGAAUAUGGUCGACAUUCAUUCUACUCCAGAGUUUUUGAGUGCUUUAGCGCAAGCUGGUGAUAGAUUAGUAAUUGUAGAAUUCUAUGGGACUUGGUGUGCUUCUUGCCGUGCAUUGUUUCCUAAGCUCUGCAGAACAGCUGAAGACCACCCUGAGAUUUUAUUCCUGAAAGUGAACUUCGACGAGAACAAACCAAUGUGCAAAAGUAUGAAUGUGAAGGUGCUUCCCUAUUUCCACUUCUAUCGUGGAUCUGAGGGACAGCUUGAAUCUUUUUCAUGUUCACUUGCUAAGUUACAGAAGUUAAAGGAUGCUAUUGCAUUGCACAACACAGAUCGUUGCAGCAUUGGCCCUCCGAAGGGAGUUGGAGAUCUUAUACCGGAACCAUCCUCAGCUCCGAAGACAAGCCCUUAGAAUCUGCCUCAUCAUAGAACUUCUUCGACUCAAGCAAUUGUAGUAAAGAAAACCGGUCCAUAGUAUCAAACCCAUCGAUAGUCAGCUUAAGCUUUCUACCUGUAUUCUGUAUAUUUAUGUAAAAGAACCCAAAAGCACAAGUUGCUAUUCUGCCACAUUCUUUUCCAUUCUUGUUCUGGAUUUCAUAUAUGUAAUUGAAAUUUCUGUGGUUAAAGAAACUCCAGGCUCAUAAUA